CUCAAGCGCAGAACAUUAUUCCUCUCUUUUUAUAAAAUGUCUAUUACAUUAAAGACCUUAGCACAAAGAGCCUUUUCAAAGAGUCUUACCGGUCAUCGAUGCUACUCGAGCCGACCUAUGGAAACAGCCGUCCAAAGCAAGGCUAAAGUUUCAAUCAAGACAAUUCAAAGCAUGUAUCGUCGUAAAGAAGCCAUCUCCAUGAUGACUGCCCAAGAUUAUCCUUCGGGUCUUGUGGUAGACCAAGCAGGGAUUGAUCUUUGUCUGGUGGGAGAUUCUUUAGCCAUGGUCAGCUUGGGAUUUGACUCUACAAAUCCUCUCACUGUUGAUGACAUGUUGCAUCAUUGCCGUGCUGUGGCAAGAGGAUGUAAAGCUCCAUUCAUUAUUGCUGAUUUGCCCUAUGGUAGUUAUGAAGCCAGCCCUGAUGAUGCUGUCAGAGUCUCUCUUCGGUUCAUGAAGGAAGGCCAUUGCGAUGCCGUUAAAUUAGAAGGCGGUGAGGAAAUGGCAGAAACCAUUCGUCGUAUCACCCGUGUGGGUAUUCCUGUACUUGCUCAUAUCGGACUUACACCUCAAAGACAAUCCUCAUUAGGAGGGUUCCGUGUACAAGGAAAGACCGCUAAACAGGCCACAGCCUUAUUAAAGGAUGCGCUAGCGGUACAAGAAGCUGGAGCAUUUGGUAUGGUAAUUGAAGCAGUCCCGGAACAAGUGGCAGGAUAUAUUACGGAACAACUCAAGGUACCUACCAUUGGUAUCGGAGCAGGUGUACAAUGCUCAGGUCAAGUCUUGGUUCAGAAUGAUGCUUUAGGUUUAUUUGAUAAAUUUGUACCCAAAUUUACUAAACAAUACUGUAACUUGAAUCAAAUUAUUACUAAUGCUCUAAGAGAGUAUCAUGAAGAAACGGAAAUUUUAUUCAAACUAAAAAAAGUGGAAAGACUAAAAUUCGAGCCCCUGCUGCAAAAAUGCGCGUCACAUUUUAAAAAUAAAAAAGCCUAA